AUGGUAAGUUAUAUCGAGCCCAAAGAAGUCGGGUCAAGGCACCCAUCAUUUUAUGGUGCAUCCCAGUGUCAAAAUUGUGGAACCAGUUGUUCAUUUGGUUCCAAGAAGUGCAGAUGUUGUGGCUUUCGCAUUGAGAUUUCAGAAGGCAAAGUCUGUGUGUCGGAGAAUGAGAAACAACUUGAGCUGCUACCAAACAGUGUGAAAGAAGAGCUGAACGUCUUAACUGCCCAAUAUGACGCAACUGUUGGUUGCACGCAGAGCACCCUUAAUACUCAGAAAACAAGAUGCACGCAGAGCCAUGAUUAUGGAGGCCGUGCUGCACAUCCUCCUUCAUACAGUAAAGGAAUGUGUCCCCAUGCCCAGUGCCUGUCUAAGUUGUGGGAGGAAGUAGAGAACAGGGAGGACACCAAACACUUUAAGGACACAACAACCCAGGCGAAUUUCUCCCUCGAUAUGGAGCUGGAUAUGCAGAGUCAGGUUCAGAGGAAUGACUAUACCCAAAAUUACCAAGACCAAUCUUAUGUACAAGUGGAAGAAGCAGAUUACCAUAAUCUGGAUCAGGAAGCGAUGCCAGAAUACUACAGUUUCAGUAACACCAGUUUAGACCAUUCCACAUGGAGCGAUGGCACCCGGAGUACGGACGCAGCCUGCAAUGAUUCAGUCAUGGCCACCAAAGGCAGUACAGAACUAUCAGAUGAACCAUCAAAUGCCACCAUGGCCACUGCUGCGAACUCUACUGAUUGUUUCUCUUGCCUUGGCAAUUCUUUCGAGUCAGGAGACCAUCAAGAAGACAUAAGAAAGAAGCAUGACUCAGUAUAUGAGCAACAAAUUGAGGAGAUCAAUGUGGGACCUUCACUGAAAUCCAAAUGUGGUGCUUCAGUUUCUGUGGACCAAAUAAUAGAUGCCUGUGGUGAUUUCAGAGCCUGUUUCACAUCUACAUGUGCAACAGAGGUUGAUCAGAUCUUCCAACUGAAAAAUGUUGCCACUGACACAGACCUGCUAGCAGUCAGCCAUGAGAAAGAUACACAGACUGUGCAAAUAGCCACAUCUGAAAAGAACACCAUUACUGAAGUCUGCAUGUCUGAUUUAGAUGUCCUCACAGAGGAAUUCAUAAAGCUAAAGGAGACAACGAAUGAGCUGAAACAACUGAAGAGCAGAAAGGCAAGCCCUAGUCCUGGUGGUGACCACUGCAGGAGAGUUUGUGGAUGUGACUGUGCCCAGCGAGUGAGAAGAGCAGAACUGCGUCUUCUCGCUCUUCAGUUUGUCAUGUGUCAGCAGCACUGCUGGAGACGAUACUUCACCUCCCCACUGGGUGAAAGUGCUCUUUGGGGGACCGAGGGCCUGCCAGACUGCAUAACGGAAACACUGAAUACACUACAGAAAGAUUACCAUGAGAUGAGGAAACAGAUUCUAGCAGGCACUCCUCUGGAUAACCUUAAGCCCCUGUCAGUAGACUCUGAAAAGAUAACUACAAGGUCAAACUACAGCCCAGCAUCGGUGCUUGAGGCCCAUUUAAACUCAUUUGACUGUCCGGGAAGCACCAUUGCAAGUGGUCACAGAGUGGAUGAAGAAAGUGAAGAGAUGAGAGCACUGAGCACUGAAGUUUGCCAGGACACUGAAGCUGCUUUGGAUGACGGCAACAAGCAAGAUAAAGCUCUGGUCUUUUUACACAAGCAGCCAGGAGCUUCCGCUGAAAAGAACCCUGGUGUCAUCAAAGAUCCGAAUAGCAGCGAGGCUUGGUUUGAUGCAGAAGAGGAACUUGGGUCUCCAAAUCAAGAUGGAAAAAUGGAGGAACUGAAUGAAAGGAAAGAAAUGACUGAUGAAGAUGAAUCAAACCACAGUUCCCUCUUGUGCAUUACAAGCUUGCCUGGCAAUAUCACUGAGCAUGAAGUGCUGCUCUGGUUUGAGAAGUACAAUGCCACCAAUGUCUGCAUCUCCACUUUCAGCAACAAUAUGAGGGCAGCUAUUGUUUAUCUCAAGAGCCCCAGCGAUGCCAAGGCAGCAGUUAAAGAUCUACACGGGUGCUCCCUCCAAGGCCACACUGUCCAGGUGGUGCAACUCCGUAGGCCUGCCUCAGCUGAUCCUAAACUGAUCAGUGAUCCGCCCCACAGCACCUCAAAAACCCAUAAAGAAGCUGCUGCUGCUGGGGAUGGACUGGGAACGAAGGGUGUAACCUACACUUCAUCACCUGGAGGGCCGCGCUGUAGUGUGGACAGGUUAACCAAUGUCUGCGACUCGCCUACAGCCUCUGGCACCUGUGUGCCACAGCACUACGCCACCAUGGGAAGCUUUGACACAAUCAUGGCCCGGCUAUCAGAGUGCCACCCAAAUGUAGGCCGCCAGAGGAUCGUAGAUGCCCUGCUGGAACUGCGGGCCAAGCAUCAGGGCUUCCUCAGUGGGCUUCCUUUAAAAUCUAUAGUGGAUAUGACCUCUGAGCUUCUAACACAGGCCUCAACUCCGACAUAUAUUUGAGUUAGUGCUGUUAUAAGCAGCGAUAAAGGCCUUGUAAAUAGUUCCCUGACUAGUAUGACUGGAUUUCAGUUGUCAGUUCAGUUUUUUUCAGCUAACUAAUGUUAUCUACAGCCAUUUCGUUGUAAUUCAUUAAUCAGAGUAUUUCUUUCUCCUGGAAAUGGAGUUAUUUGUUCAUUCAUUUCAGGUUUUCAUCUCUGCUGUUAUCAGUUAUGCUGUGCAUAUAGAAGUUUCCUUGUGUUUCCUGAAUAAAAAUGUUUUCCUGUGUUUCCUAUAAUGAUUUGAUUUGAUGAGUGCAAGCCCAGGCACAGUGUAGAGCUGCACAUUUCACAUGUGUAAAUUUCAGAGCAUUUCCAAGUCAUGUGACCAGGUUGUCGUUUUUUUGCAGUUGUAAAAAUGGUCAGUGGUGGAGGGACCCUUUUUAUCACUCCUGUCAGCUCAGGUAAAACUAGAACCACUUUCUAUUCUUGGAGGUACCUAAUGGGUUCUCCACAGUUUUUUUCUGUGGAACAGGUGGGGAUGUAAUUAGUGAUGGUCACAUGACUGCUGACUGCGCUGGAUGAAAUUUCCCAGCCAGAUCUUAAAGGACUUAGAUGUUUAAUGUACUACUGACAUUAAAAACAUUUACAAAAUGCUCUAAAUCUACUUUUACGAGAAGAAACAGCAUGCAACCAUUUUAAUUUAAUUUGACAGUUUUAUGUCAGAAACUGAUUUAUAUUUUAGAGCAAAAUAUGAUUGUUCGGUCCAUAAAACACCUUUAUUGGUUACUAAGGUCAACUAAUUAAAGGGUUAAAUGUUCUUUCAACUGCUUCGUCCUAGUCGGAGUUACUUUCUCCCCUCAUAUUCUGACUAGCCCCGCCCUUCGUCUGAUUGCUAUUUUCUUUUAUUGGCAAGGACAUUUGAAUGACUUGUUUACUGUCCAAUCAGUGCAUGGUUUGAAGUCGCCCUACUAGCCAAUCCCAGCGCAGGGGGGCGGGACUUGUUGGACAAACGGAAAAAACGUCCAGUCUCUUCUCCCAUGGGCGGAGUCUAGAGUAACGUGAAGGACGCGGCAGGCACUCAACUAUUGAACUUCCACGCUGAAAACAACCGGAUGAUGAGUAAAACAGUCUGUUUACAAAGUUUAAAAUGUAUUUGUGAAUAAAGUUUUGAAACUCAGUAUGGAUGCAGUCAAUGGUGAAUUAUUGCAGUGGACCUCAGACAGAGUGCGACAGUAACAAUAACUUCGAAUGUGGAUUAUUGUUCAGAGUUGCGGUAUCGCCUCGGAUUUCACUCAUGUACACUGGACUCUAACUUCAGUCGUGUGUGCCGCUGUGAUGUGGAGAGGAUGGACACAAAGAAGAUCUCAGCCACUCACGAUAUAAGAAACGGACAUUUAUAAUAGAAACUUUUUUAUACAAUUGGACAAAAAAA